AAAUUCUGCCUUGCGAUUCUUUUUUUAUUAUUUAUGACUUAACUGAGAUUCGAACCCACAACCUCGGGGUAUUAGGCGAAGGCCAAAACUUAAAGACCACCAAUUUGAAGGACAAAAAUUAAAGACCACCCCAAAUGAAGGACAAUCUGCGCGGAAAAAUAGAAGAAGCCAAAAGUCACCUGGCAGGAUUUGUCCAAGUCCGGCUGCUAAAAGCUGAUAUACCCGAUUCAAAAUGUGGAAUGGGUCGGGGAUGGAUUUGACGGGUGGGUUUUUAAAGGAAUCGGGUAUUUAAAAUUGGGGUUGGGUCAUUCGAUUAUAAGCUUGUAACGUGUCCUUCCGUUAAAAUUGAGGGCAAAUUUGUGUCAAAUUAUAAUGUGAGGGAUGUAUUUGGACUGAAAGUAUAACAAGGGGUAUAUUUAAACUAUUUUUGAUAGUGUAGGGGUAUAUUUGGCCCCUUUCCGUUUAGAAAAUCCUUGAACGCCUCCUAAUUUUAUAUAAAAAAAUGUGUUCCCUUUAAAAAGUCCACUAAAUAAAUGAAACUAAUAGAUUUUGAAUCCAGUAAAUUAAACAGAUCGGGUCACGAUUGAAUUACAAUCACGAACGCAAAAUUCAUAAUGUUCCAAUUUUGAAUAACCCAUGCACGAAAACGUGCGCUUUAUAAAUGAACAUUUGGACAACCUUUGACUAACUAAAUUAAAAAGAUCAUAGUAAAGAAUGAAGCAUAACUGGGGAAAAUGCAUGAUAGAAUAUUGUAAGGAAUCAUUAGAGAAAGAAAUAAAACAAAAAAGGGAAACAAUUAAAAUAAAGAGGAAAAGAGGGUGUUGUGCGUACUAUAUAGGGUUAAAAUUUGAAGAUUUGGCUGGAGUGGCGGGAUCCACUUUAUUUUUAUUCUCAUAAAUAAGUACAAAUAUCCCCUUUAAUAAGAACUCCCAUAAACCUACGUAAGUAACCGUCACCUAAUAAGAGCAUUCCACGGCUUCAAUUCCGAAAGAGAUUUUGGUUUUGCUUAUCAAAAAUAAAAAUCUCCAUCUCUGUGACCAUUCAGUACUUUUGAAAGUGAGGUUUUCCUGUUAUCUUCUACUCUAAAUUGCUGAAUUUUUUCUACUAUGAAUUACGGUUGUAGAAUAGAAUUACUGACACAAUUUGAGCAUUUGUUGUACUAGUAGUUGCAACUUGCAAAUAUUAGUAUUAGUAUGAAACGUCGGCGGAAAUUGUCUGAUAAACUACGUGUAGUGGAGAUUUCUGAGGAUAUCAUAAUCAACAUACUGCAUCAUUUGCCUUCGAAAUCUCUGGCGAAGUUUAAAUGUGUAUCCAAGAGUUGGCUAAAGUACAUUUCUGAUUCAUCUCUGAGUUAUAGUUGUCGUUCUAAACUAUGGAGGCCUCAACCGUAUCUAGUUGGUUUCUUUUAUCAGGCUCGGGAUACCUGUGAACCUUCGAAAAUUCACUUCUUCUUCUCAUCAGAAGAAUCAUCACUAGCAAUUGAUGAUUGUUUAGAUCAGUCAGUCACUUUUCUUGGCAGGACCGCGUAUAUUGUUGCAUCGUCCAAUGGUUUUCUACUUUGCAAUAAGCAGAGGGUUUAUUAUGUUUAUAAUCCUGCGACGAGGCAGAGUGUGGCUCUUCCUAAAACUCAAAGCAAGAUGAAUGAUCCAACUGUUGGAUUUAUUUGCAAGGUAGAUGACCCUGAUAAAGAUGUCAUUUCCUUUACUGUAAUUCGAUAUUGGGUUUCACUGUCCAAUGUAACAAUUGAAAGUUUCACAUCCGAGACAAAUGUGUGGACUGUCAGUAUAAUUCUUGCUGUACCUCUUCGACCGUACUUUUCUAACUAUAUGAAAUCAGCAUCAGCUGGUGUUAUCGACGGAGUAUUCUGUUGGCUUGAUCAAGGACCACAAAUCACUGUUUAUGAUAGUGUGAACAAGAGUUUCUGGGCUUUGGAGUUUCCGGGAGAGAUGGUACCGGCUAUAGCCAAUUAUUUUCUGGGAUUUUCAGGUGGGAAUUUCUAUUUUGCAUCGUAUGUUAAGACAGCUAUAACAGUGUGGCAACUCAAGAGCAAUAUUCGUAGUCAAAAUGCACUGUGGGUUAAGAAGUAUGAAACGAAUAUCGCAACUCCAGUUCCUUUAGGACUUACAGGGUCUCUACAUGUUGAGGUGCAGAACAUGGACAUUCAUCCUACUAUUCCCAACAUCUUUUAUUUGGAUGUAAGAGGUAAGGUUAUUUCUUAUGACAUGGAAACGGAUAUUCCAGAACUUGUGCAUGAUUUUGGAGAAUAUUGGUGGAGAACUAAACACUUCAAACUGUUUUCUUAUGAGUGGCAUCAAUGGCCACGUCUUCUGUAGACUAUCAAGCUGGUGUUGUCUCUUACUUCUUCUAAUAACAUUUGUUGAGUAUCCUAUUUAUUAUGACUUAGAUAUAAAUAAGUUUUAUGGACUUCCCUCUUUUAUUUGAGCUUCAUCCUUGAUCUUCUGUGCUAUUUCAUUAUCUGGUUUUCAACUGUUUAAAUUUUAUUACUCGAAAUUUGAAUAAAUAUACCAUGGUGGUAUA